CAGCUGUCCAGGGCCCCUGCAGCGGCCCCUCCCGAGCAAGCGGAGCGGAGCGGAGCUGGUUCCUUGGCAACAUCCUGAGGAAUCCAGUGCCAGGCUCGGUUGUUGGCUGCCUUCCUCUCCCCUCCCACCGCCUGCGGAGCCGGGGGCGGAGGCAGCGAGCCCAUUAUAAGAAGCAGUGACAGAGCCAGGUGGUGGAGGGACAGCACUGAGCACCAACCAAGGCCCCCGCGCAGACCCUCGCCCACCGCAGCCAUGGCUCCCACACCUCUGUCGGGGCUGCUGCGCCUGGCCGUGCUCUGCCAUCUGACCGUCCUGCUUGCUGGACAGCACCAUGGUGUGACGAAAUGCAAGAUUAUUUGUGACAAGAUGGCCUCUGAGAUUCCCAAGGGCUUACUCCUGCACUAUCAGCGUAACCAGGUCUCCUGCGGCAAGCCUGCCAUCAUCUUGGAGACCAAAAGGCACAGAUUCUUCUGUGCUGACCCAAGGGAGAAAUGGGUCCAAGAAGCAAUGGUGCACAUAGACAACCAAACUCCUGCUCCGACAACUCCGAAUGGCGGCAAGUUUGAGAAGCAUGUGGGGAAGCCCGAGACCACCCCCGCCGCCCAGGGAAUGUCCCAGCCUUCGCUCACAGAGCCUGAAGCCACAGGGGAAAGCAGUAAUUUGGAGCCCACUGCUUCUUCCCAGGGAACUCAGAGGCCCAUGGAGACUUCUCCAGAGCUGCCAGUAAGAGUGACUGGAUCCUUGAGGACCAGGGUGUCCCCCACUUCAAAGGCUCCAGAUGGAGACACAGAGAUUUUCAGCACAGCUUCUGUCUCCACCGCCAUUGCUCAGCAGAGGUCUGCUGCCUACCAAUCUGGCUCCAGCCCCGGGGCUCAGGAAAAGGCCCCCUCUACCCCGCCUCCCACCAUUGAGCCCCCCUCCACCCAGACCCCCCCUACUUCACACCCAACCACAGAAGGCCAACCUGUGUGGAAACAGGAACAGAUGCCCAGUCCACAGAGCUCUGUUGGGCCUAAGGAGAGGGGUCCCCCUGCUCACACAGAUGCUUUUGAGGACUGGGGGCCCAGCAGCAUGGCCCAUGCUUCUGUGGUCCCCAUCUCCUCUGAAGGGACUCCCAGCCAGGAGCCAGUGGCCUUAGGUAGCUUGAUUCCCAAGACUGAGAACCCCAUCCACGCCACCGUGGACCCCCAGAGGCAGGUCCUUAUCACUCCUGUUCCCGACACCCAGGCAGCCACUCGGAGGCAGGCGGUAGGGCUGCUGGCCUUCCUUGGUCUCCUCUUUUGCCUGGGUGUGGCCAUGUUUGCCUACCAGAGCCUCCAGGGCUGCCCCCGAAAGAUGGCAGGGGAGAUGGUGGAAGGCCUUCGAUACGUCCCCCGGAGCUGUGGCAGUAACUCCUAUGUGCUGGUGCCAGUGUGAGCUAUCCAUUUGCUUGUGUCCAGUUUUGAUUCAGACAGCUGCCUGGGGAUCCCCAUCCUCAUACCCACCCUCACCCAGGGGCCUGGCUGAGCUGGGGUACAGGGAAUGGGGAGGUGGGAUCCUCCAGGUGCAAAUGGCUCCAAGACCCCAGGUGGAGCCUAGGAGGUCACCCUUGACUAUCCUCAACCCAUCAGGGCCAGAGAGGGGCAGCCUCCAACUCCAAACUUGAGAAUUCCACUCUGCCUCUGGCUGGUUAGAGGUUCCCUUUGACACUGUCCCAGCCCCAGUGCACAAUUAUUUAUUGAAUGCUCAGCACCUACUUCCCUGGCCUGUGCCUCCCUGUGAGCUCCAAGGUCCUCCCAUUCCAUGAGUGAGCAACAGGCCAGGCCUCUUUUGCCUGCUCCCCAGACCUCUUCAUGUCCCUUGCUCCUGCUGCAGUCGCCAGUCACCCCGGCCAGCUGCGGUGCUAUCUACAUUUCUUCUGUACAGAGCCCAUCCCGACCCCCACUGGAUCCCUGUCUUUUCUUGCAUGAGGCUGGCGUGGCAUUUCUGGGGUGCUCCUAGGGAAGACUCUACAUGGAGGCAAGGGGGAUGAGGUCAUCUGGUGGCUUUGGUGUCCUCCUCCUCUGUCCUGGCUGUGCAGUGAAGGAACACUGAGUGUGAGGCUGGGGUUCUGGCCUCAGCUCCACCACCCACCUAACAAGGCUGGCAGAUACACGGCAAUAACCUGUACCCCUGGAUCACUACUGAGACUCUCCUUUCAGUCCCUGGACAUGGCCUCCCAGCCCUCAUCAGCCAAACACCUCGGACACUCACUGCCGACCAUCACGCUGGCACCUGUUUCCUGUGACUCAGGGCUGGCAAGGGGUGAUGUGGCAGUGCAGGUGCUGCCCUGAGCUCUGGGGGACCUGCAGGAGCAGAGGCCAACUGUGAAGGCUCCUCCUUGUCCUGGCAGACCCACCCCCCCCAACAAGGUGACAGCCCCAGGUCUUCCCUGACAGAGAGACCACCAAGGGAGAAAGGAGGGCAUCAGGCCCCAGGAGGCUGAGGCAGCCCAUGAAAGAAGCAUGGGAAAGCACUUUAGGGGCUCCUGCAGCAGUGGGUUUGCUGUGGCCCACACAACCAUGCUCUUUCCUCCUACCUGGGUCCCCUUCCACCUCCCUCCGUCCGCUCCAUGAAGGCACCAUUCUUUGCACUCCAAGACUUUGCCUUUUCCUUUGCCCCACCAAAGGCAGGACCAGCAAUGUCUGUGAUAUUCCCUGGAGUCCUGUGUGUAUUUCUGGAAGGGUCUCUGUCCUGGGAGAGGGGGGAUUGUGGGCAAAAAAUUCUGGGUUCCCUUUCUAGCUGCUGAAGACUAGGGCAGACCUGGAGGUGGCCAGCACACAAAACCAGAGCUGGACCUGCAGACCUUGCCCCUCAGGAUUCCUGGUGGCAGCCUGCCAUUUCUUCUGAUUGUUCCCAAGAGUGACCCUUGCCCUCUGUCUGCACAGCCUCUCAUGGGCUGGGCUGCACCCAGGUGUCGAUGACACAGUCCUUGGCAGGUGCCUCUUCAGAAAAGGAAAACAGCUCUGGCCCUCAGAGAGAGGAAACCCCUCUGCCUGCUCUCCCACACAGCAUGUUUCGGGGUCAUUCUGAGGGGCCUGGGGGGAGGGCAGGUUCAAAUGCACUUUGUUCUGCUUCCGGUUCUGCCAGACCAGGAGAGCCUUCAAGGGUUGGGACACCCCUCCUUUAUGAGGUCCCCUUCCUGCAGACUUUGUUAGCUCCUCCCGAAGGACAUGGACAGUGACCAUCUGGGGAGGACUUUGAAAGGGUUGGUUGAUCCUUCUGCUUUUUCAACUCUCAUUACCACUGUUUGUGCCAUUUUGUAUUUUACUAAUAAAAUUUAAAAGUCUUGUGAAUUA